GCGGAAGAAUCCCUAAACGGGGAUUCCGCGGCUUCGCACUAAGCAGCUUAGAGGGUGUUCGCAGGGUUUUUUAGCGGAUAUUAUGCCGUAUAGCGCCCGUAAGGGUUACGGGGUCCUCAGUGGGCAGCCACUGCUGGGGCUCGUAAGGCUUGCGGGAGCCAGGUGUGAGGUCCGUUCGGCGGUGUGCCUCUUAAAGGCGCCGUCGUCUGUAAAUAGUAUUUUUUGCCUGCGUAUAAAAAAAAAAGGGUAGUAGACGUAUUGACUAAAGGGGGUGUCCUGCGUCGCCCGGUAAGAAAACUGGCAGUGUUGGCCGUUGCCUAAAUAAGUAGGUGUCUACUACACCGCCGGGGGCCAUGUUCACGACCAACACUACCUAUUAUAUAGUCCAUGUGUAAAUAAGUCAUUUUUAUACUCUUUCAUGUAAAUAUUCCAUAAGUAAAAAAGAAAGUAAAUUAGUGUCAUUGAGAAACAAUUGCCUUUUACUCAACAACCAUACUAUUUUAUCUAUUUUUCUUUAAAUGUUUAAGCAAUUACAGAUUUUUUUUUGUAUGUUUUAGUGUAGUCAAAAUGAGCAGCAAGUGUUUUGUUUGUGAUAAGGAAGUGACUGCAUCGAGUCCUCAUGUUUCUAAAGUGGGUGAAAAAGGGAUAAUUUCCCUUAAAAAAGCCAGUAAAGAGAGGGAUGACGGCAAAAUUAGCCAACUAGCCAAUGUGACUUCACUUCUCGUUCACACGUUGUGUAGAAAGAAUUACACGAGGUCCCAGUCGAUCGCGGUUUUGAAGAAACAAGAGGAUUCAAUAUCUGCUCAGCCUGAAACAUCGGUGCUGCGAUCUGUAUUACCCAAGUUUGAUUUCACAAAGAAUUGUCUCAUUUGUGGAGAGUUCAUUAAAGAUGAAACUAAGAAGAGUCAAGGCAAAAGAAAGAAGGUACAUCCAGUCCUCACUCUUGAUUUCCAUAAAGUAUGUAUGUCUGCAGCCUCCGUAAGGAAUGAUAGUUGGGGUGAAGAAGUGAUCCUUCGUCUUGCCGGUGUUAAUGACCUCGUUGCAGAAGAGGCAAUUUAUCACAAUGAAUGCCGUCUAAAAUUCAUCAAGCCCUUAUAUGCUUAUAAGAAAACAGGAAGUUCCUCAUCCGAAUACGUAGCAAAAGCUAUGGAUGAUAUUUAUGCCUUCAUUGAUAAUAGUACAGAUUGCCAGUUCUCACAGACUGAAAUUCUCGAUGCAAUUACUGGAGAGAAACCGUUAUGGAAAACUAUAAAAGCACGACUUCAAGCCAAGUAUGGGUCUCGUUUGAUAGUUUCUGAAGGUUCAAACAGAUUUCAUGUUCCAGUGCUGUGUUUUAUGGAUACCGGGAAACAAAUCCUACGCGAUGCUUGGUAUGAAGAAAAAAAAAACAAGGAAAGUGACGAAAGACUCAGGAUUGUGCAAAAAGCCGCCGAAAUUAUUAGGAAUGAUAUUCAGAGCAAAGUUUGCAAUCACACAGAAUACCCCCCAACCGAUGACUUCUUUAAAGAUGCAGAAGAUCUCCCAAAAUCCUUACUCACUUUUCUCGAAAGCUUGAUGAUGAACAAAACGAUGAGAAACCAAGAAACCAAGAGAAAGUGUGUUACGGUCGCUCAUGCUAUAACCUCAGUAAUCAGACCCCGGACUUUUACUUCUUCAGUAUUGAGCGGCCUUUCCCUUUUCCUUCACAGGAAAUACGGCUCAAGACGAUUAAUUGAUCUUUUAGCAAACAUGGGGUUUUGCGCAUCAUACCACGAAGCACAAAGGUUGGAAAUGUCUGCUCUUGUCAAUGCUCAACCAAAUAUCAAGCCGAAGUCAUUCACUCAAUUGGUGUUUGACAACGCCGACUUUAAUGCUUGUACCAUAGACGGAUUCAACUCUUUCCAUGCCAUGGGUGGCAUCAAAUGUAUCACACCUGCCACUUCUGUGGAGCGUUCAAGUUCAGGCUUCCCUAAACUGACCAAGAUGCCUACGUCCCUGGAGAUUGGAAAACUCGGAAUUAUUCCACUUGAAACACUACAGUUCAAGGAAGUGGGAUUAAAGUCCGUCAUUGUGCAAGAAUUGUUGAUCCCAGAUGAACCCACUCAUCCUGAUCCUCAUGAAAUCUUGUGGUACAUUGCUAAACAGCAAGGUUUGCAACUGCCCGGGUGGAAAGGGUAUAUGCAGUCUAUAACCACAGGACAAUUCAGCGAAAAGACGAGAGUUAUAACGCUUCCCUUCAUAAACGCUCCUCCUUCCAGCUACGAUACGAUUUAUACAGCGCUACAAUACGCAGGAAAAUGUCAAAAGUCGUUGAUAGUAACGUUUGACCAGCCGCUUUACUGGAAAGCGAGAGAAGUAGUCGCAGGUGCUCCUGCUGGUUCAUUACUAUCAAAAUCCAUCAUUCGCUUGGGUGGCUUCCACCUUCUAAUGUCCUACUUGGGGGCCAUAGGAUAUCUCAUGUCUGGAAGUGGCCUAAAAGAACUUUUGAGCACAAUAUAUGCCCCUCUGUCCGUGGAAAAAAUGAUGCAAGGCCAUGCUUUUGCGAGGGCAGUAAGAGGCCACCUACUUGCAACCGCUUCCCUGGCUAAAGUGAUUUUGGAAGGCAUCCAAUUAACUGAAGAUGAAAUAGAUUGCAUAAAAAACAUGACAAUGAGUUUUAUGGAUGAGCCCCCUUCUCUACUUGAAUUAAACCAAAACGCUCACCUCAAAGCACUGUCUGAGAAAUUUGGAGCCGCCAUGGAGCUAUUUAGCAGCAAAGGACCUACCGCACAGCUGUGGGUACAAUACUUCAAAAUGGUAAGCCUCAUGAAGGAAUAUAUACAUGCAGAGAGAUCCGGGGACUUCAAUGCCCACCUUGAAUGUGUGAGACGCAUGAUCCCGUACUUCCAUGCAGCGGGGCACUUCCCAUAUGCAAAGUCUUGUCACCUCUACAUACAAGACAUGGAGAAUCUACACGAAAAACUAUCGCCUGAAGAAUAUCACAAAUUUGUUAAGGACAGCUACUUCACGAUGCGCCGAUCAGACCGAUAUUGGGCUGGAGUCUGGUCAGAUAUGACAAUUGAGACCACUUUGAUGCGUUCUUUUUCCAGCCAAGGUGGCAUGACUCGUGGUAGGGGAGUCACAAACAGCACUCUUAGCAAAUGGGUGGUAGGAGUAAGUGCAACUCAUGAUAUCUGCACCUCUUUAGAAGAGUUCGGUGGAAUUCUUUUUUCCACCAGUGAGCAGCAUGCAGAUUUCGGACAAGCCCGCCAAAACAAGGAUGGAGCCGACAUAGCCAAGCUCACCGAUUGGUUUGAGAAAUUUCCUCCCUUCCCAGAGACCAGAGACAUUAUAUCUAUCGCGACAGGAGUUGUUGGAGAUACAACGAUCACCUGCUACAAUGCUGUUGCAAUUGGUAAGCAAGCAAUGGCUAAAAUGGUCAAUUCGACAUUUUCUAAUAUCAAAUUGGCUCGAAAAGAUCGAGCUCUUCCCCUUUCGACAAUGAGCUCAUCUAUCAAAAUCAACGACGAAAAGAUUCCUGUGGACCCAUUCUUGCUAUUCCGUCGUAUAUCCAUUAGCAAAAAAACAGACGAAGAUUUGAAGCUAUACAUGGAAUACGAAUUAGCCCCGUUCCCAUUAGCCCUAUUCAAUGAGAGUGGGAUGAGGAAAUCGACAAAGUCAGCGCUGUAUAGACUAUUCAACACUACGACCAAGGAUGUAUAUGUCGCACAGCUGAACAUCGUAUUUGACGGAGGGCUUCUCCUCCAUAAAGUAAUUUGGCAAAGAGGUGCCAAGAUAUCGACAAUCUGCGAGAGCUACCUCCACUUUAUCAAGAAAAACUAUCAAGGAAAGAGAUGUACUUUAGUUUUUGAUGGCUAUUCCUCAUCAAACUCAAGCACGAAAGUAGCGGAGCAGCAAAGGCGCUAUCGACUCAGCAAGUCUGCUGACAUUCAUUUUAGCGAUGACACCGAGAUAAACGUCAAACAAGAAGAUUUUCUGUCGAACGAGUUCAACAAAAGCAGGCUCAUCAACAUGCUUAAGGUCAAGCUUGAGGACAAUGGGAUAAGGGCCCUUCAAGCAGAAACUGAUGCGGACGUUCUGAUUGUGGAUACGGCUGUGGAAAUGUCGGGAACAAAAGCUGUCGGCAUUGUGGGUGAAGAUGUCGAUCUCAUAGUCCUCUUGAUGGCUAAAGCUGAUGCGCAUAAGGACGUUAUUUUUAUCAAGCCUGGACGCGGGAUGACAAGGGAUUCCUUAUUCUCGUCCCAAGAGCUUCAGCAACAAGGUUUCAAGGAUAUAUUGUUUCUGCACGCCUUCACUGGAUGCGACACAACAUCUUCCGCAUUUCGAAAAAGCAAGGUCGCAUUUGCGAAGUUGUAUCUGAAGUCACCAGAAAUCCAGAAAGCAGCAGCGGUCUUUUCACACCCUUUCUCCACCACCGCUCAAGUACAAAAGGCAGGUGAAACCUGCAUCUUAAGGUGGUAUGGAGCUCCAGCGAAAGAGAUUUCCCUCAAUGCCUACAGGUACAAGUCAUUCUUGAAAUCAGUGGCCACCUCAAGCCUGAUAUCUCUUGUCUUCCUCCUACCGAGGGAGCAGUAAAACAGCAUUCCCAAAAAUGGGAACAAAUUUUUUUUCCAUAAUUACAGACUUUCAAGAGCAAAUUUAAUCAGCUUUCACUUUUGUGAAAGUCUCAUGUCGCUAGGAUGCAUAGUUUUCGAGAUAUAUGCGAAAAACCUAAUAAUGGGACCUUCAAGCCCCCCCCCCCGGCUUAAGGGCUACGGGCGGGGACUUUUGAUAUGUUUACCUCCUAACUAGUCCUAACAAAGUCACGAAGUCAAAAAUUGUGUUCUAAGCAAUUCCCUCUAUACCUGUUUUUGAGCAUUCGUUGCCUGGACUACAAUGUAAGCCACGUUUAAUAUCCCCCCAUGAAUAUUCAUUCAUCAACAAAUUGCGUCAAU